AUGGUGGUUCUCCUCUGCAGGGUUCUCUGGGGUCUGUCCCUCGCAGGGGUGCGUGUCGUUCGCGUGUCCGUGCUGCGCUGUGAUUGGCUGAGCCGCCGCUCCUGCUCCACCUGCUCCACCUGCUCUCCCGUCUGUGAGGGUCCUGACCUGCUCUCUCCCCUCAGACCCUCAGACCCAUCCAGCAUCCAGACCCUCUGCAUCCAGCAUCCAGAGGACCUGACCAGACCAGCAUCCAGCAUCCAGACCCUCAGACCCUCAGACCCUCAGACCAGCAUCCAGACCCUCAGACCCUCAGACCCGCAUCCAUCCAGCAUGUCCCCCGGGUCCUCCGUGGACAUGGACGUGGACAGUACCAGUACCAGUACCAGUUGUGAGUUCUUCCUCUCUGACGAGGACUCCUCCUCCUCCUCCUCCUCCUCCUCCUCCUCCUCCCUCAGCAGCCCGCGCUGCGCGUCCCCGCGGCCCUCUCAGCAGCCGAAGCGUCGCCGCGGCCGCGCUCGUGCGUCGGGCCGCGUGCCCGUGAAGAGGAACCGGCGCGUGAAGGCCAACGACCGCGAGCGCAGCCGCAUGCACGGGCUGAACGCCGCGCUGGACGCGCUGCGCGCCGCGCUGCCCGCGCUGCCCGACGACACCAAGCUCACCAAGAUAGAGACGCUGCGGCUCGCUCACAACUACAUCUGGGCCCUGGCGCACAGCCUGCGCGGGCCCGACGCCAAGGCACGCGGGGACGCGCACGGACACGACAGAGACGACAGAGACGCAGCCUCCGACUGGAGCUGCUCCUCCUCCUCCUCCUCCUCCUCCUCCUCCUCCUCCUCCUCCUCCCCGGACUACUGCGCCUCCAGCCCGGGCAGCCCGGACCGCACAGACGGGUGCGGGUAUCGACCCCACGACGCGCUGUUCGGCUUCCGAAGCUUCGUGCCGGGAGUCUACUGA